AUGGUUCAGGAGCCCUAUAUUGGUCGAAUUGGUCAAAUGAAGACCUACUCGGGGACGAGAAUAGCACAAAGAGACAGAAGCCUAAGCACUGAAAAAGUGAAUAAGGCUGCUAUUGUGCUAUUCGAUGACGCCAUUGACAUCGCCCAAUGCCCCAGCCUAACUACAGAGAAUAUCGCAGUCGCUAAACUCAGGACAGGGGCAUGGGAGUUGGGAGUGGUGUCCGUCUACCUAGAGGGUGACAAACCAAUCGAUCCUUAUCUUGAAAAGAUUGGAGCGGCCGUGGUGGGCUUACAGACAAGGAACGUGAUACUCGGUGGUGACGUGAAUGCGUGGAAUACCUGGUGGGGAAGCCGGAAAACGGACCACAGGGGUAUGGAACUUGCUGCAAAGCUCGAUGAACUGGAGCUCCAUAUCCUAAAUAGAGGGACUGAUCCCACUUUUGACAUAUAUAGAGGCGGGAAGAGAUUUUCCAGCUGCGUGGAUAUAUCCACUUGCUCUACUAACCUUCUUGGGAGAACAGACAACUGGAGACUAUCCGACGAAAUAACCAGUUCGGACCACAGGGCAAUCCUAUUUGACAUAAAUUUAGGGAAAUCAAUAGGCACUAAUAUAAAAACUACAACCAGGAAAUAUAACACGAAAAAAGCAAAUUGGGGCGAGUUUCGUGAGAAACUCGUCGAAAUUUGGAAUGAUAAAGGUAUAAAUAGAGCAGAGAUAGACAAAAUAACAAACAAAGAUGAAAUAGAUAUACAAAUAGAGGAAUAUACAAAAUCAAUAACCGAAGCUUGUGAAAACAGCAUACAGAAAAUAGCAAACAAAAAGCAAAUGGGAUUGCCCUGGUGGACCCCUGAACUGACACAGCGUAAAAAGGAAGUCUCCAGGCUAAGGCGACGAAUCUCCUAUGCAGCGCCAAUCCGCCGUGGAUGGGUUGUUGAACAAUACAAGACAGCAAAAGAGGAGUACCAAGAAGCAGUGAAAAGAGCUCAGACCACCAGCUGGAAAGAGUUCUGCGGCAAACAGGAGCGAGAAACAAUGUGGGAUGGAAUAUACAGGGUAAUAAGCCGUACAACGGUGAGACGGGAUGACACUCCGCUUGUCCAAUGUGGCAGGACACUAGAAAGUGAAGAAUCUGCCAGGAUCCUGGCGGAUACCUUUUACCCGGAGGAUCGUAUUGAAGAUGACGACGCGGUACAUACGCAAAUAAGGGAAAUCGCAAAAACUGUAAACGAAGGGACAAAUGAUAACUCAUGUGAUCCACCGUUUACAGUGGAUGAGCUGAUGUGGGCCGUGUCGAACUUCAACCCGAAAAAAGCGCCAGGAGACGACGGUCUUACGGCAGAUAUUUGCGGUGUGGCUAUUGCCCUGGACGCGGCAUUGUUCUUGGCACUAAUUAACAAAUGUUUAAGCCUCGCACAUUUCCCCAUAAAAUGGAAAAAGGCAACUGUAGUGGCGUUGCGGAAGCCUGGUAAAGAGAAUUAUACACACCCUAAAUCAUACAGGCCGAUUGGGCUACUGCCUGUCCUUGGAAAAGUCUUUGAAAAGAUGGUAGUCCGCAGAAUCAAGUGGCACAUCGUACCGAAAAUAAGCCGGAAGCAGUAUGGGUUUAUGCCACAACGCAGCACGGAGGACUCCCUCUAUGAUAUGAUGCAGAUAAUAAGAACUAAACUAAAAGAGAAAAAGCUUAUCCUGCUCAUAUCAUUAGACAUAGAGGGAGCCUUCGAUAAUGCUUGGUGGCCAGCGAUGCGAUGUGAACUUGCGGAGACUGGGUGCCCGGUAAACCUGAGGCGCCUGAUAGACAGCUAUCUUAAGGAUAGGUCAGUAAGCGUCAGGUUUGCUGGGGCACAAUGGACUAAAAAUACCACAAAAGGGUGUGUACAAGGUUCGAUAGGUGGUCCAAUUUUCUGGAAUCUAUUAUUGGAUCCACUUUUAAGGGAGAUGAGCAAAAAAGGGACCCACUGCCAGGCUUUCGCGGACGAUGUGGUCCUGAUUUUUGCCGGGGAUACAACAAAACAGGUGCAGGAACAGGCUAAUGCGAAUCUCGCACAUGUCCAUAGUUGGGGUGUCAAAAAUAAGCUCAACUUUGCGCCACUUAAAACAACAGCAAUGGUCGUUACAAAUAAGCUUAAAUAUGACACACCAAUUCUGGAGAUGGGUGGGAAGAGCAUUGGCCUCUCCAAAGAAAUAAAAAUACUCGGCCUCACAAUUGACGACAAGCUUACCUUCAACACGCAUAUUAAGAAUGUAUGUUGUAAGGUACAGAACUUGUAUCGUCAGCUGUCGAGAGCCGCAAAGAUCUAUUGGGGCCUAAACCCCGAAAUUAUCAGGACCAUAUACACUGCAGUAGUUGAGCCCAUUGUAAUGUAUGCGGCUAGUGCUUGGGUAUCAGCAAUUAACAAAUGUAGUGUCAAAAAGCAACUGGACAUAAUACAACGCGGAUUUGUACAAAAAGUCAUAAAAUCGUAUAGAACAGUUUCUCUUCAUUCGGCCCUACUUCUCGCCGGGCUGCUUCCUCUGGAUCUAAGAGUCCAGGAAGCAGCCUUGCUUUAUGAGAUAAAGAAAGGUUUCUCCCGACGUAUAGUGGGCGAUCGUGACGUGGAGACAAAACUUGAAUUUUCCAAGACCACACAUCCCGCGAAUCAGUUGAUAUAUUUAUACAUCCUUUAUACACAUUAUACUAUUGACGCUACACGGACAUAUACUCCCAAGAUGUUUGGAAUUAGAACACCAACUAAACCGACACAAUCACCCUCUAAAACAGGAAGUGAAAUUUCAAAAGUAAGACGCAGCAUAGAUGACUGGGAAUCUAACAUUGAUUCAACCCCAUCCAUGACUACCACGACAAUGCAGGCAGGUACUGCUAAAACAAAACCAACGGUAUCAGUGCUACAAAACAGUAAAACCACGCAAAAAGUGUCUGUUGAAAUACACACUCCGCCAAAGCAGCAGUAUGAAAAUAGAACAAUGGAAGCAAAGGCCUGUUUAACAAAAGGCAAGCUUCAUCUAAACGCCUCUCGGAAUACGAAAACAGAGAUAAAAAAUGGCGUUGUAGAAGCACUGGAUCGAUUAUAUCAGCUUGUUAAAGAAGCUGAAAUGGAGUUAAAGGCAAAAAAGGCAAAAGGAGAAAAGGAAAAGAGUGCACAAGUUGAACAAGCCCACUAUAAAAUUAUCCAAGCAAACCUCCAGCGCAAAAAAUUAGCAACCCAUGAACUUUUUAUUGAAGCUGAGAAACGUCGAGCUGAUAUAGCACUACUUCAAGAACCAUACGUAGGUGGUGCUAACACGAUGAAAGGUCAAAGAGGCGUGAGGGUUUUUCAAAACUCUAGCCCAGGAGAAGGGACUGUUAAGGCAGCGGUAGCCGUCUUCAACGUUGAUUUUAACAUAAAACAGUACCCAAAACUCACCACAAACAACAUCAUUGUGGUGGGAAUUCAAACUAGAGCUUGGGAAAUAACACUCGUCUCUUAUUACUUCGAGCCAGAUCAGCCCAUAGAACCGUAUAUUGAUCACCUUAAAAAGAUAGAGCAAGAAAUUGGAAGUACAAAGUGGAUUGCUGGAGGUGACGCCAAUUCAAAAAGUACAUGGUGGGGAAGCCCGAUCGUUGACCAUAGAGGAGAAGAAAUCGCAGGAGCUUUCGAGGAGCUGGGUCUGAACAUACUGAAUAGAGGGGACAUUCCGACCUUCGAUACCAUCCGAGGAGGAAAACGAUAUUCCAGCUACGUCGACAUAACAGCCUGCUCGACCGACAUCCUGGACUUGGUAGAUGACUGGACAGUGGACGAGGGUCUUACGAGCUCGGACCACAACGGCAUUAUUUUUAAUAUUCGGCUACAAAAAUCAAAAGGUCUAAGAGUAAACAGAACUACUAGACUGUUUAAUACAAAGAAGGCAAAUUGGCCUAAGUUUCAUGAGAAACUUAACCAAUUGCUGUCAGAAAAUCAAUUUAACAAAUCGGAAAUAGAAAAUAUUGAAACCAUUGAACAAAUAGACAUAGCAACAGAUAAAUUAACAAUAUCCAUAACAGACACUUGCAAGCAAACAAUGCCAACCAAAAAAGCUACAGAAGAACUUACCUUGCCGUGGUGGUCCGAUAAGCUCAACAAGAUGAAAAAAGAAGUCACUACCAUGAAACGAAGGAUCAAAUGUGCUGCCCUGGUCCGUAGACAGAAGGUCGUAGAAGAGUACCUGGAACAAAAAGAGAGGUAUGAGUCAGAAGCUAUUAAAGCCCAGAUCGAGAGCUGGAAAUACUUUUGCUGCAAGCAGGAUAAGGAGGGGGUCUGGGAAGGUAUCUAUAGGGUAAUUGGGAGAACAACGCGCAGGGACGAGGACCAGCCACUGGAAAUCAAUAAGGUAGUGUUAGACGCAAAAGGUUCCGUGAAGUUAUUGGCGGAAACGUUCUUUCCGGAAGACUUAACAGACAGCGAAAACACUUACCAUCGCCACGUAAGAAUAAAAGCUGACAAAGUGAACUCUGCUGAGCAAGAUGACCUGUGUGAUCCCCUGUUCACAAUGUUAGAAUUGAAACAGGCGUAUCGAUCCUUCAACCCGAAAAAGGCCCCAGGAGCGGACGGUUUCACAGCUGAUAUAUGUCUACACGCUAUAGAAAGCAACCCCGAGUUAUUCUUGGCCUUCCUUAAUAAAUGUUUAACUCUACAACACUUCCCAAAAACCUGGAAAAUCGCGACAGUCAUAGUGCUUAAAAAACCAGGGAAAGUAGAUUACACCAUGCCGAAAGCGUACAGGCCCAUUGGACUACUACCUAUACUAGGAAAGAUCUUUGAGAAAAUGCUGGUGAACCGCCUCAAAUUUCACCUUUUGCCAAGGAUAAGUACUCGCCAGUACGGGUUCAUGCCACAGAGAAGCACCGAAGACGCCCUCUAUGUACUAAUGCAGUUCAUUCACAUGAAGCUGAAUCAAAAGAAAAUUAUAGCGCUAGUAUCAUUGGACAUCGAGGGUGCUUUUGAUAGCGCCUGGUGGCCAGCCAUACGAGUCCGACUGGCUGAGGAAAGGUGUCCGCUUAACUUGAGGAGGGUCAUAGAUAGUUAUCUCAAAGACAGGAAAGUCGUAGUCAGGUACGCUGGAGAGGAAUAUGCUAAAGGUACAAGCAGAGGUUGUGUCCAGGGAUCCAUUGGAGGCCCAAUCCUAUGGAAUCUUCUGCUAGACCCUCUCUUGAAAAGUCUCGAAUGCAGGGGAGAUUAUUGUCAGGCGUUCGCGGACGACGUCGUAUUAGUCUUCGACGGCGACACAGCACACGAAGUGGAGCGACGUGCCAAUGCCACUCUAGAACAUGUCUGUGCGUGGGGUGUUGAAAAUAAAUUGAAGUUUGCGCCACACAAGACGAACGCGAUGAUAAUAACAAGAAAACUGAAACACGAUGUACCACGCCUCAACAUGGGAGGUACUGCAAUUGGCAUGUCAAAAGAAAUAAAGCUACUUGGGUUUACAAUUGACGAAAAGCUUACUUUUAACACCCAUGUAUCGAAUGUGUGUAAGAAGGCAAUCGGCAUCUACAAACAACUAUGCAAAGCGGCGAAGGUUAGUUGGGGACUCCAUCCGGAAGUGAUAAGAGUGAUAUAUCUCGCGACCGUAGAGCCUAUUAUACUUUACGCUGCUAGCGUUUGGGCACAGGCUGCAAAAAAGUUGGGGAUAAUAAAACAACUCGCCGUAGUCCAGCGCGGUAUCGCGCAAAAACUAUGCAAAGCCUACCGAACGGUCUCUCUGAAUUCGGCGCUAGUACUGGCUGGAAUACUCCCCCUGGACCUCCGAGUCCGUGAGGCUGCUUUAUUAUAUGAAGCCAAGAGGGGGCUGCCACAGCCAGUGUUGGCGGGAAGAGAGGUCGAGAGAAUGGCUUCAGCUUUUGAGGGCCCACACCCUGCUGAGCGCCUGGAAUUAGGAAUUAUUUGUUUGGUAAACGAGGAGCAGGUGAACAAACACAGCGAAAUAAACGUCCACAUAUUUACUGACGGGAGCAAGAUUGAGGGCAAGGUUGGCGCCGCCCUUUCCGAAUGGAAAAACAAGACCGAAAAUAAAGCCCUCAAACUUGCUCUACCAACAUACUGCACAGUUUACCAAGCCGAGCUCCUGGCCAUUUGCAGGGCGACUGGACAAAUCCUCAAGCACAGAGCGUCCUCCUUUGGAAUUUACAGCGACUCAAUGGCGGCCCUUCAAACGAUCAUAAACCCAAACUGCCUUCACCCGUUAGCCGUGGAAUGUAGAGAUAAUUUAAGAGCAAUAUCUCUCCAAAGCAAAGUAGUAACUUUGUUUUGGAUUAAAGCCCACGCGGGCUUAGAGGGGAAUGAACGAGCAGACAGACUAGCAAAAGAGGCCGCAAAAAAUUCCAAAGUGAGACCGGAUUACGAUCUUUGCCCGGUUUCAUUCGUCAAGCGAAGCAUCCGUAUGGCAACGCUAGACGAAUGGAACCAAAGAUACCAGACUGGCGAAACAGGAAAGAUCACGAAGCUGUUUUUCCCAGACGCGAAAGUGGCCUACCGAAUAAUAAGAAAAUUUGAAGCAAGCAGCGAGACUACCCAAGUCAUGACAGGGCAUGGUGGAUUUUCUGAAUACUUACACCGCUUUAAGUGUAAAGAGAAUCCAUCGUGCAUUUGCGACCCCGAUGCUGAAGAAACUGUGCCACACAUUUUGCUGGAUUGUCCCGCAUACGCCGCAGAGCGCCUGAAAAUAGAAAAUGAAAUUGAAUUAAAAUUAAUUAAGGAGAAUAUAAAUAUCAUAAUGAUGAGUAAAUACAGAGAAAAAUUUAUGAGUUAUUGUUUGAAAAUUGCAAAAAGAGUAAUAAAUAGGAAUAAAACUGUUUAA